AUGAGGAAGCCCGACGGCAAGAUCGUGCUUCUGGGGGACAUGAACGUGGGGAAGACGUCGCUGCUGCAGCGGUACAUGGAGCGGCGCUUCGCGGACACGGUCAGCACGGUGGGCGGCGCCUUCUACCUGAAGCAGUGGCGCUCCUACCACAUCUCCAUCUGGGACACCGCAGGGCGGGAGCAGUUCCACGGCCUCGGCUCCAUGUACUGCCGGGGGGCGGCCGCCGUCAUCCUCACCUACGACGUGAACUACCCGCAGAGCCUGGUGGAGCUGGAGGAGCGGUUCCUGGGCCUGACGGAGACCGCCAGCGCCGACUGCCUCUUCGCCAUCGUGGGGAACAAGGUGGACCUCAGCGAGGAGGGGGCCUCGGAGGGCGGCCAGACGGAAGGGGGCGGCGGUGUGUCGUCCAGGGGGCCCAAGCAGGUGCGGCAGGAGGAGGCGAUGGCUCUUUAUAAGAAGAUCCUGAAGUACAAGAUGCUGGAUGAGAAGGACAUGCCGGCCGCUGAGCAGAUGUGCUUCGAGACCAGCGCCAAGACAGGGCACAACGUGGACCUGCUGUUUGAGACCCUGUUCGACAUGGUGGUGCCCGUGAUCGUGCGGCAGAGGGCGCAGGGGCCGCCGCAGACUGUAGACAUCUCCCGUUAUAAGCCGCCCGAACAGACCAAAUCCGGGUGCUGCGCCUGA